AUCACAUGACGUAUUUUUUCUCUGUUGACAUUCUCAGUUUCUUGCUAAUGUUCGUGAUUAAAAGUUUUAAUUCCAAUUAAAAUCUGUAAAAAUGCCCGAAACCCGUGACGAAAUCUGCCAACUGAUGGACAAGCUACUGAUCCACUCACUGGAACUGAUCGAGCAGGAGGUUGCAUUGAAAACAAAAAUCGAAACCAUCACGAACGAAGGUCAGCUGGACUUGGCUCAAACUCGUUACCAUAAGGCUCGUAAUUCCGUAUCAUCCGUCCAGCUGCCAACUGAGGAUUACAAACAAUUUAGUGCGCUGAAUUCGCUAACCGAGGAACAGGACGAAUUGGGAAACACUAAACUGCAGUUGGAUCAGCACCAGGUCGAUAAGGAUGCCGGGUAUAUCGAUCCCAUUCGAUGGUUCGGAAUUUUGAUUCCACAAACGCUGCAGAAUGCCCGCAAGAAGUUUACGCAGUCGUUGAACUAUGUGGUGGAGUGUGCCAAUGUGCAAAUUCAGUUAAGGAAUACACUAUUGAGCUAUGAUAAGUUGAAUAAAAUGAAGCUGGAACUGUAAUA